ACACGGUGUGUUUUCACCACAGCACUUCUCUCAAGCUGUGACUGCUGCUAGAUGAGCGAUCACUAGCACAGUGUUUCUAGCUCGAGUAAGCAGCUCGUAGGGAAAGGUACAUUCUUCCUACCUCCUCCCUUCAGCCUUUAUUGCCUCUUCACAUUUUGCCCUCAAGCAAUAACACAUCGCAACCUGCGCAAGAGUCGGAAGCCUGCUUUGAUCUGCCAUUGAUAAAGGUGUCAGCUUUAACCCUCUCUCUCCUUUCCUAGACACCAAGGCUUGUAGAAGCCAACCUGAUUCCAUAACAUUUUUGAUCUAGGGGUUGGUCAACUUAGUAUCUGACCGUUCAGCACCCAGCCACUUGGCAAACUGUUGAGCUUGCAACUCCAAAAGUGAGAGAGUGCCGAUAGAGGCCUGUCACGCAAGAUCCCAUAAGACAAGCUUCAUCAAAAGCAGACUUCAGCAACUCACUCCAACAUGACACGUUUAACUCGCCAGCGAGCUCAGGCUGAGAACCAGAAUCAGAACCAGAACCAGAACCAGAACCAGAACCAGGCACAGCCUGCCCAGCAAAACCAAGCUCUUCAGCAAGACCAAGUUGCUCCGCAGGAUCAAGCCCAAGGCACUAAUCGUCGCCUUCGCCACAUCUCUGGGCCACAAUCGGCUUUGACUGACUACCUUGCCACCAACAACAUCUCUGCAAGCCGGAUCCGUCUUGAAGCUGACCGGCGCCGCGCUGCUGCUGCUAGAAGCCGCCAAGCCCAGGAUGGCCGUGAUGACGAAGAAGAGGAAGCUGGUCCCUCGACAGAGUCCACUGGGGCCACCGAUGCCCCUGACAGCGGCCGCAACGAAACUGAAGCAGAGAGAAAGAAGCGUGUGAAGAAGGAGCAGCAAGCUCUGGCCAAGAUCAAGGCUUCCAAGCUCUUCCUGAAACGGAAGCGCUACAUGAGAGAUGCCGAGGCAGAAGACGACUACGCCCGUCUCUUACUCAGCGAGAGAUUGGAGCCAGUUCCGGGCCAGAUGGAUAACUGCGCCAUUUGCAAGAAGCGCUUCACCGUCACGGCCUACUCGCUUAGUGGACCAGAAGGCGGCCUUCUCUGCGCCCAGUGCAGCAAAGACCAGGCUGCAAAGAAGGGCAAGGACGCAAAAAGGCCUCGCAAGUCUGCGAGUGGCCAGGGCAGCCGUCGCAAGGUUCAGAGUAACAUCCUCGAUGGCACGUACCAGACUGGUGCCAAGAAUUUGACGACGCUUUGCAUUGAGACACUGGCAAAGAAUGUCGACCUUGCCGACAGUCUGGGCGAUCUGCCGGACAAAGUUGUGGACAAGAUAGCUCGCCUCUUUUCCAAGCGUCGAUUGCUCAGCCCGGAGACUCUACCCCUGUUCGUGCAACCCUCGACGACGACGGUGAAAAUCUACGACGGCGCCAAGCUGGGCUCUAAUGACUUUCGGGGCAUAUUCCAGACGACCAGAAACCUUCAACACUUCAAGGCCCGCAAUGCCAUCCAGUUCAAGGACGACGUCCUCUUAUACUUGACGGGCCGCGACUUCAAGCUUCUGUCUUUCAACAUUCAUGGCGCCAACUUGCUCAGCGAUUCUACGUGGACUCUGUUUUUUAAGGCCCAAGGUGCCGACCUGGAAGCCAUCCAGGUCUACUACACGGACAGGCACUUUGGCGACGAAAUGCUUGCUCUGCUUCCGCUUAAGUGUCCCAGGCUGAAGCGUCUCAAAGUCUACCACAAUCAGAAGGUGACGAACGACGGAGUCAAGGCAAUUGGCAAUAUCAAGACUUUGACGCAUCUCGGUCUUCAUCUGCAGCACGACAUCAGUCCCAAGAGCUUGUCCCACAUGAUCCGCGGUGCGGGACAGGGUUUGGAGACGCUGUCUCUGAGAAAGAUGCCGAAGGCCAAUGACGAGGUCUUAACGGCCAUCAAGAACACCUGCCGGUUCCUCCGAAAGUUUCGCAUCACCGACAGCGAGAACAUGACUGACGAAGGUUUUGUCGACUUGUUCACCGACUGGGCCAACCCCGCGAUCGACAUGAUUGACCUCCAGAAGUGCCGUCACCUUGAGUCUACUAACCCUCGUGACAACCCCGACGGAGUCGGUCUCUGCUCGGACGGGUUCCGUGCCCUCAUGAAGCAUUCGGGCGGCAAGCUCAGGGACCUCAACAUUCACGCGUGUCGCCACAUCAAGCGCGAUGCCUUCGAGGACGUCUUCAACAAGGACGAUCAGUACCCUCAUCUUUCCAAGCUCGAGAUCAGCUUUAUUGAAGACGUCGAUGACUUUGUCCUUGGACGCAUCUUCCGAAGUUGCCCCAACAUUCGCGAGAUCAACGUCUUCGGUUGCAUGAAGGUCAAGGAUGUCAAAGUGCCCAGAGGCAAGGUCGUGGUUGGAGUCCCCAACGCCAUCGGUAUGGUAAUUGAAGGUCGAGAGGACUAGAGACAGAGUCGUACGUACUUAGACUGGAAGUACGAUUGAUGGGUGGGUACGAGAAAAUGGCUGGGCAUCAGUUCUUCCACACUCAGGCUCUGCUUUUUUUUCUCCUCUUCUUAACUUUGCCUUCCACCUAUACUUGAGGUGGUCCUGUCUAUACCGGCAGGCGUUUGGGGUCGGAUAAACCAUUGGGAACGGGAUUGGUAGCCGUAAUAGCCUGACUUGCUUAUCGAGGGAAGGGAAUGUACAAUGCUUUUUGCAGCAAUGGGGAAGUUACCAUUCGGCCGAGAUCGAGCGAAAGGGGAAAUUUUACAAACACAAAUAGACAUCGACUGAUCCGGGUCCUACUUGAUUGCGUUCUGCCUGAUGUUGUUUCUUGUGAACAUUCCUCUCCCC